GGGAUGCUGCUAAGAAAGAUUUCUACUAUUUACUCGAUGAAGCGAAGAGAACAGUUUUUAGAAAAUACAUCGGUCAACAGGGAAUUGUGCUGGAUAUAAAGGGCAACGUAAUGGAGAAGAUGCCACUCACUAAUCGUAGAUCGAAAUUCAGAUGUGAAAGACUCAGCGAGCAGGUUAAAACAUCAAGACUCAAGGAAAGUUUCAAAUUGGCAAUAUUCGGCGCGCUAACGAGUUGACAGCAGGUAAAUUGAUGCCGACUGAAGCAAGACUGGAGGACUGCUUCACCUUUACAACUCUGGUCUGGAACUGCGAGGCAUCAAACGAGGAGACGUUCUAUCGAGUUGUGAACCUUGCUACAACCAAAGUAAGAAAAUUGUUCGAAAAUGGGACGGAUGAAGAAAAAAUUUGUGAAAUAGCUCGCAUUUAUCAUUCAAUCGACGUGACAGUGAACAGCGAACUAACACCUGAUAAAAGAACAGUGGUUCAAAUUCGUCAGAUCAGAUAUUUCACUAAGAGCACUGGCAAGCAAGUGAAAUUCGAGGGUUUUAUUAUAUCAAGUCAUAUCAACGAGCCAAAAGAAGUAGGAAACCCUCUAUUAAAGUGA